AUGAGAAAGAAAAUUAUCAAGAAAGCCGUUGUUAAAAAAAAGGCUACCAUCUCGGAUGACGUGGAAAUGCCAAUGGCUCGAAUCGAUGAAGAUAACGACGUGGCAGAAGACUACAAAGUGAUCAACAUGGUCGACAUCGCCGCUCCCGUCAUUGAGUUCGAACUUCCCAAUUUGGGGGAACGAAAAAUGGAGCCGACCAAGAACUCCGUAGCGGAAAAGAAGCCGGCUGCUAAAAAAAAGAAGAAGGAGGUGAAAAGUGGAGAAAAGAAGGAGACGUUGACUGCUCAGAAACUGAACAACGAACUGGUCAGAUUGAGAGCGCCAAUUGUGAAGGCGAAGAAUAGGCUGAUGGCGAAGUUGGUGAGACAGAAGAAGACGUUGGAAGAGAAGAAAGGAGCGAGGGAGAAUGCUAAGAAAGAGCAAGAGAGGAAAGCGGCCAGACUGGGGGAAGAGAUUCUCGGACUGAAGGUGGCCGGAAUCUGCUAUCGACUGUUAAUUUAUGAAACCUUUUACAGACAUUCGACAGGGAUACGGUAGCCAAGUUUGCAGUUUUGAAUACGAAAUCGAUGAGCGAGCUGAAAAUUGACGGAAAGACUGCGGUGGCCGAAAGAUUAAUGUACAAGCUGGCACGCCAAGACGUGCUCGUCAAGGAAGUCGAGGCUAUUCGGUUUGGACUCACUCGCUUCACGUGCAAUGCUUUUCGUUUUCAGAGCAAAGUAUACGGAAUGGAACAAAACUGCCGCUUUCUUCAUGCAACGCCUUGGUCUACAAUACGCGAAUAAGGAGAAGAAAGAGAAGAAAACGGAGCAGAAACAGAAAGAAGAAGAAGAGAACGAAGAAGAUGAUUCUGAUGGCGCAGAGGGAGAGACUGCGGAAGAUGAAGAAGUGGCUGAAGAGUCUGGAAAUGUGGAGGAUUAUGAUGAAUCAGACGUCGAAAUGGUCGACAGUGAUGAGGAAGCGGGCGAAGAGGCUGCCCAGAAGAGGCGGCAAUUGGUGAUUGCUCAAAAAAAAAACAGAAAAACUCAUUUAGAAUCAUUUUUAGUUGCUCAGUCUAAUCGGUGUUAAAGAAGACAAGUCGCGACCGGCUUUGAAACCAAAAAAACGGAAGAUCGUAGAAGAAGAUGAAGACGUCGGAAAGGCUGUUCAGAAAAAGACAAAAAUGAAGGAAUCUGUGAAGCUGGAGAUGAAGAAAAUUUUAGAAAAAGAACUGAAAACCAAAGAGGUUUGAAAAGAUUGUAGACUAUUCCCAAAAACUAGAUAAUUUUAGGUUAGAAAUCCAAAACAGGGAAAUGCUAAGAAUCUGAAGAAGAAGGCUGCUCCGGCUAAGAAAAACGGCGAAAAAAAAGAGGAAGAAAACGUGGAAGUUCUGGCUGAGGAGAACCCCGAUCAGGUUUGGAAAAUUACGUGAAAUAGGGAAACGGGUCGUUUCAGAAGACUCUUGUUAUGAAGGUCGAUCUUUCAAAGGGAGGAACAAUCGGUUCUGCUAAAUCGAAAGCCCUGAUCCCGAAGGUUUCGCAGCUAGAGGCGCAGAAAGAAGAGGAAAUGGAUGAUGACGAGAGCAGCGCGUUUUUCCUUCCGAAGGGCGGCGCCGUUCCGAAAAAAAAGAUCGUAAAAGCAGUGAAGAAGACGACGGUGCCUGCGAAGGAUUCGGUGGAAGGUUGGCUCCAGCCUAUGUACCACACCUCAUUUUUUUUCAGUGCAAGCACCGCAAGCAAAACUGAAAGCAGAGCCAGUUCGUGCAGUUGUACCGGAAAAGAAAAAGGGCUCAAGCAAGAACAACACUCUCGCGGGAGAGAUGCAUCCGUCGUGGGCGGCCAGUCAACUGAAGAAAAAGGAGAUGCAAGCAGCGAAGCCGUGCGGAAAGAAAAUAACUUUCGGCGACGACGACUGA